UGUGAGCUGGUAGAUUCUCAGUUUCUCACUGCUGGUAGAUAGGUAAGCAUGUAGCAGCGAGGGGUGGUCACCGCCCUGUCCUUGCUGCGCCCUCCACUCUGCAGCAGCGCCCCCUCUAUUUGUACACAUGCCCAUGUCGUUUCAUUCCUCCUCCCUUUUGCAAAUUUGCUAUACUCGUUUAGGCCACUGACCACCCUUCUCUCUUACGUUCCUGUGCCACCACCCCUGCCCAUCUCCAACCUUACCACCAAGAAGAACCACCGAACUAGCUAGCUGCGUGGCUGCGUCUCUACUAAGCUAGGAUGACGCAUGGAAGAAGCUAGGCAAAGAACAGCUAGCUAGCUUCACUCUCCAAUCUCGCUGCUACACAAAGAAGCUUCUCUUUUUUCUUUUACUGUUCAGGAGGCUUCUCUCUUCUCUGCGACUUCUCCCACAACACAUACUUGCAGCUGGCUGCAACGAGAUGGUCUCAUGGCCGUGAGCUCACCUCAACGAGCACUACUAGUGGCCAUGAUUCUGGUGAGCUUCCUUCUUGGCGCAGCAACCGGCAUCCGCAGCACGACGCUCUCGUCUUCCCAGAACCUCGCGGAGGACAAGUCGCGGCUGGGCUCGACGCCGCCGAGCUGCCACAACCGGUGCAACGCGUGCAAUCCCUGCACGCCCGUCCAGGUGGCGGCGCUCCCGGGGGUUAGCCGCCCGGCGAGCGCCGCCGACCGAGCUGAGGUCGCCGGCUUCAAGCAGUACUCCAACUACAAGCCGUUGGGUUGGAAAUGCCGCUGCGCUGGCCGUCUCUUCGAUCCCUAGACUGCUUAGCUAAUUCUCGACGGGCGCUGCCUCCGAAAUCUGAAUGUACUAUGUGCAAUAGUUGCUUCGGUUGAGAGGCCGUCAGAGUAUCAGACCAUCAUCCUCCAUGGUCAGGUUUUGGUUAGUUUAAUCUGCUCCCUCUCCACUCUUCAAGGUUGCAACUGCAAAUUCAUCUUGAUAUUCUUGUUGUACUGAGUCCACCUUAGUUGGCACAUGUAAGAGUGAUUGGGAGCAGUAAAUUCGGUGUAGCGUAGAGUGUAAUACUCCUAGCGGACGCAGUUUUUUUUAGCAAACACGUGGAUGUCCACCCGUUGCUUGUUUACAUGUCAUCU